AAUUCCAAUACCGCUAGUGGUGAUGAUACUCUACUGAUAGACAAACGCCAAAUUGCUCGUAUAAUCCUUCAGCGCAAUCACUACAAAGAGCGCUUCUUUGAGGCGCAGGAUCGUCUGCGUGCCAUUGAAAUUGAGGCUCGUACUCAACCAGAGGCACAACAGCACUUACGCAAACGGGAUAUGGCUCUUUCGCUCUUUGCUGGUCUAGUUGAAGGAGUGCGCAAUUUUGCUGAUGGCGUGAAGCAGGAAUUGGGAGAGUUCAUUGCACCAAGUCCUGAAAGUCAAUCUUCUUCUUCUUCUUCGAUACUCACUCCCAGUGCAACUUCGACGGCUCUGAGAAAUAUACUUGGGAAUUUCGUCGGGCAAGCGGUUACUUACACUGCGGACGCAGUGCUAGGAACAGGCAAUGAUUUACCCCGUGAUGUCUCAAGACCAAUGAUAGCAGCUCGUGUGAAUUCGAACCUAUCGAAUAAGACUGAAACAGACGUACCGACGGCAUCAACAAGUCACCCUAUGUACACAGACCACCUCUGA